CCAGAAGAAGUAAUAAAGUUUACCGGAAAACAACAACACACGCUGGAAGCUCCGCACGUUGUUGAAGGAUGUUUCAAGUUGGACUUUAACAUCUGCUUUCUUGGAGUACGUAUACGGGGAGAUGCAGAGCCCCGCGGGCAGCGGCCGGCCUCUCUUCGGGGGGGCUCUGUCGGCCGUGAUCCCUCAGCACGCCACGGACAUCAGCGAGCUGCGGGAGAUCCCGGACAACCAGGAGGUGUUCGCCCACUCCCACACCGACCAGAGCCUGGUCGUGGAGCUGGUGGAGUACCAGCACCAGGUGGCCGACCAGCACGCCGCCAGGUACCACUUUGACGACCUGGCGGGCAGCAACCAGGCUGCAGCGGCGGGCUGCUGCGAGGUGGCGGGGGUGGCGGCUCUGCCCGGAGCAGAGCUGUCCCUGGCCCAGUGCAGCUGCGCCUGGACCUGCACGGGCACGCAGCGGGUGUCCAAGUUCAACGAGGAGGCGAGGAACACGGUGGUAAUCCACCUGGGCGUGUUCCGCCUUCCGCAGUUCUCCACCGAGGUGCUGGUGACCUUCAACGACCCGCAGAGCAUCAGACCCGCCAGCAGCAGCAGCAGCGCGGAGCACACGGAGCCGUGGACGCUGCAGGACUUCCAGCGGGUGCUGCACACCCUGACCCUGCACAACCCCGGGCUGUUCGGCUAGAACCGGGACCCCCGAACUCAGUAUUUGUUAUUCUCUGUGACCCAGAUGUUCACCAGGAUCAAACAAGACAGCAUGUGUGUAUGAUGGGAGUCACAACCCAAAAGACAUUAAGCCUGAUUUAUGGUUAUACGUUAAAUUGACGCAGAACCUACGCCAUAGGGUACGGCGUACGGUGCGCGUCGCCGCGUACCCUACGGCGUAGGCUAUGCGUUGGUGUAACGCGGAACCAUAAAUCAGCCUGGUAGUGCUGCUGCUGUCCUGACGCAUAGGAAUUCCUUCAUUCUGUCAAUAGAAAUACAAUGUGACCAAAUAGUCCAUGACUUAAUCUCAGUCUCACUCCUCCUGUCUGCUGGAAUGAAUGAUUAAAGUUGUGCAAUUUAAUCCUGUUCUUUUGUCAGUACAUAGAAUCUAUUUGAUCAGUUAAAUGUAUUAAGUGCACAAUUCCCUUGUUCAAACUUGGAUGUCAAUGAAAUGUUUUACCUGUCAUACGCCUUUGAUUUUUACUGACACAUUGGUGUAUUCAUAAGCUUUCAUAAAACAACAUUUCCACACUAUGUGGGGUCCUGGUCAGGGUAAUCGAAGCAUGCUGGACCCCAUUUAAGAAUACAUGUAUAUUGGUUACAUCUAUCAAUAGAACACCCUACCAACAUACCCUCCUUAGACAUCGAUGAGCAUCCUUCAAUUCGUGUAAGCUACCACAGAAGCUUUGAUUUCAGUUCUUAACGACUAUACCAAGUUAUUUGCCGAUCUGUUUUUGAGAUCAAUAUCAUAUAAGGACACCUGCUGCGUAAGGGGUAAUAAUGAUUUGUGCAGCAAUCACUGUCACUGACCAGAUGUUUAUUCAUUUUUGUUGUAUUAAGAUUCUAGUUUGAGAACUGCAGAAUUAAAAUAUUAUAAAUUAUU